AUGUGUGUUCUUAGGAGUCUGAUCUAUUAUACCAGGUCUUUCUUAGCCGCAGUCAUUAUUUGCGGUGGCAGUGUAUUUGGAGUUAUUGCGUCAGUGGUAUUAACAUUAGUCGGAAAACAGUAUUUAGCGCAAUGGGCCACCGCUCGUUGUUUUUACUACUCGAUGGCAUUGUUCUUUGGUAUAGAUGUGCGAGUAGAGAAUGAACAAUACUUGAAUAAUUUGCCAUGUAUCAUCAUUUCAAACCAUCAAAGUGCUUUGGAUAUUUUUAUGUUGGGUAGACUUUUCCCUCGUGGUUGUACUGUUACAGCCAAAAAAUCCUUGAAAUAUGUGCCUUUCCUAGGUUGGUUCAUGGCAUUAAGUGGCACUUUGUUUUUGGAGAGAAGUAACAGAACCAAGAGUGUCGAGACUUUGAACGGUGGGUUGAGGAAGAUCAAGGAAAAGAAGAGAGCCAUUUGGAUCUUCCCCGAAGGUACGCGUUCUUACACUACAGAUUUGGAUAUGUUGCCUUUUAAAAAAGGUGCAUUUCACUUGGCACAACAAGGUAAAUUACCAAUUGUUCCUAUCGUCGUCUCCAACACGAGUACAUUGAUGAACCCUAAACUUUCGAUCUACAACAGAGGUUAUAUUGUGGCAAGAGUACUUAAACCUAUCUCUACUGAAAAUUUGAAAAAGGAAGAUGUGGGUAAAUUUUGCGAGCAAGUUAGAGACAAUAUGCUAUCUGAAUUACAAACACUCGGUUAUUCACCAGCAAUUAACGAUACUACUCUACCACCUCAAGCAAUUGAGUAUGAGAGAAAAAAGAUCGAAGAACCACGCAAUGAUGAUUCAAGUGAAGCUGUUUCGUGUGAGAACACUGAGGAGAGAAUUGAGUCCGUCAAAGAAUUUAAAUAG